GCGAGCUUGCUUCACGGUGCGAGCUUAGAUAACUUGAAAGCAAAAGGCGGAAGGUGCCCGAUCUUAGCCUGAUCUGUGUGCACUCUGGCUCUCUUCACCUGUCUGAUCUUUCUGCUUCUUUUGCAUCAUCAUCUCUCACUGGCGGCGAUGGGCGACACUGUUACGCUUCGUGGCGGCGCCAAGAUGCCCAAGCUGGGGCUGGGCAUGUGGAAGGCGCCAAAGGACGUGACAAGCAGUGUGGUCUACGAGGCCAUCAAGACCGGAUGGAGGCACCUCGACUGCGCUGCGGACUAUGGCAUGCACUCACUAUGCAGAGAGAGAUGCAUGGACAGGCAGAGGAUACAUAUGUGUGCUUGGAUUGUUUGGUUUGUGUGCAGGGAACGAGCAGGAGGUUGGAUUGGGCAUCAAGAAAGCGCUGGAUGAGGGCAUCUGCAAGAGGGAGGACCUCUGGAUCACCACCAAACUGUAGACAGACAGACAGGCAGACAGGCAGACAGGCAGGCAGACAGGCAGACAGACAGGCAGACAGGCAGACAGGCAGACAGACAGGCAGGCAGGCAGACAGGCAGACAGGCAGACAGGCAGACAGGCAGACAGGCAGACAGGCAGACAGGCAGACAGGCAGGCAGGCAGAGAGGCCGACAGGCAGCACGAUUGAGCCCAGCCCAUCUGUCCGUCUGUAUGUCCAUCUUUCUUGGUUCCUUCAGUUGGAACACGUUUCAUGCCAAGGAGCAUGUGCAGCUGGCGUGCGAGAAGUCCCUCAAGGACCUGGGCCUCACCUACCUCGACCUCUACCUCGUCCACUUCCCCAUCUCACUCAAAUUCGUACCCAUCGAAAAGAGGUAGGUACGCCAGCCACACACCAACGGCACCACACGCACUGGGAUCAUUCACGACACGGUCGACGCAGGUAUCCGCCCGAGUGGACGCACGACCCCGAUGCGGCCAAGCCCAAGAUGGAGCUGGCUGACGUGCCCUUGCGUGAGACGUGGGCUGCGAUGGAGGAGCUCAAGGCCAAGGGGCUGGUCAAGAACAUCGGCGUGUCCAACUGCAACUGCAUCGCUCUCAUGGAACUCAUGAAGGAGACCAAGGACCCGCCGGCCGUCAACCAGGUCAGAUGGAGGGAGAUUGACGGCCGCCUGUGGAGGCACUAGGGAUGUGUGUGUGUGUUGUGGUGCUGUGAUGGGUUGUUGUUGGUGGUCAGGUUGAGCUGCAUCCGUAUUUGACACAGGAGCGGCUGCUCAAGUUCUGCGACAUGGUCGGCAUUCACGUGACCGGUUAUUCGCCACUCGGUCAGCACAUGGCAGCAGCAGCCACUCUACCGUCUGAGUGUAUAUUGGUUGUCCUGCCUGCAGGUUCUCCGAGUUAUGUGACCAUCGGCAUGGCUGGCGCCAACGAGUCGGUCAUGGAGGAGCCCCUCAUCAAACAACUCGCACAGAAGUACAACAAGUCACCCGCACAGGUACACCACACCACACAAACCGCACCAAAUGCACGACGACAAGCUGUCAGUGCAUUCGCUUCCAUCUGUGUGUGUCCAUGUGCGUCAGAUUGUGUUGCGUUGGGGCCUGCAGCGGGCCAACUGUUCCAUCGUGCCCAAGACGGCCUCCGUCAACCGCCUCAAGGAGAACUUGGCCCUCUUCGACUUCUCACUCUCCGAGGACGACAUCAAACAGAUCUCCGCUCUCAACCGAAACAGGUACGCCCUGAGUGGGCGGACGGGUGGAUGCCUAGAAACACUGUGUGUGUUGGGGUGUGGUGUGUUGGCACAGGCGUUAUAACGACCCUGGUUCGUAUACCGAGAGGGAGUUUAGCCAGUACUGGCCGAUAUUCGACUAGAGAGAGGGGGAGAGGAUGUGUGGACUGUAGAAUCGGCCGUGGAAUUAAGGGCUGCUCGUGUGCGCGGGAGACAACUUUAUUGUCCGUGGUGGCGCUUCAUGGCUGCGUGGUGAGACUGACUCGCCGUCAGACAUUACAUGCUGCGUGCAUCCCUUCAUGAUGAGUCGACUCGUAGCUAAUUGUGUC